AUGGAUAGCGAUGAGUAUAAAAAAGAAGUUGAAGCAAAUGUAAAGGCAGAAAAACUUUUACAGUUGCAAAACCAAACCGUACAGUAUGAAAACUUAGCACAAGAAAGUAAAAAUAACGACGCAGCCAUGCAAAAGGCAAUGAAAAGCGCAGAAUAUAUAAAAGCUAAUAAUGACUGGUUAGACGCCCAAGCCAACGCUAAAGCAGCCCAACUUAUAGGGUCAAUAAGGACAAAAAUACAAGCGGAUGAAGACAGUUCAAAUGAAGCUUUAACGAAUGCUGACUUUAAGAACGCCUUCGAAGCUCUUCAUAGUAAGGUGAAACUAGUGAACGACUUCUCAUCUGGAAAGAAACUGAAGUCUGAAGGUUUCGACAAAGAGUUAAAAGAAGUAGCACAAAAUAUGACGAAAAUAACAGAUGCAGCAACGAGACAGGCAGUUCAAAGUGCCCAUGACGCCGUUAGAACAGCUGUUGUGGAAAGUCAAGAAAAAGAGUUACAACAGACCAAAAGAGACCUAGUAAAUGCUUUCUUAAGAACGAAAAGUCAGGUAGGACAUUAUGCUGCAGAUGGAACAUAUGUGCCAGCUGGUGGAACUUAUAUACCAGCUGGUGGAACUUAUAUACUAGCUAGUGGAACUUAUAUACCACCAAACCCUCCAAGAGAAGCACCUGCACCAGGACUACCUAAAACAUUUACAUCGUCACAUGGACACAGACACAGGCAUGCACCAAAACCAACACAACAACCAACAGUUCAAAAUCCAGCACCACAACAACAACAACAACCAGCACAACAACCACCUCCACAACCAGCACAGCAACCAACAGUUCAAAACCCUGCACAACAACCACCUCCACAACCAGCACAGCAACCAACAGUUCAAAACCCUGCACAACAACCACCUCCACAACCAGCACAACAACCACAAACAGAGCAAGGACAUAAAAGAAGUAGAGAACAAGGAAACCAAGAUUUCUUAAAAAUGCUUAAGGAAGAAUAUGGUUACCCAGAUACUCUUGACUUUAGUGACAGAUAUAAAGAAGCUAUUAGAAAGUUCAAGGAAGGAAAUACAGACCCGAACCUAUUUAGCUUUAUGGUUCAGCACCAAAUGGGAUAUAAUUUCAAACCUGGAAAAUACAAGCUCGCUAAGGGAUAUGAUUUAAUAGCAUAUCAUCCAAAUGACAUGAACGAAUUUACUCCGAGAUAUUUGGUGUCAGAGCUAAAUGACAAUUCAACUCUCUUCAUGAAACGCGUAAAAAAUAGAGACGGAACGAAAGAAGAAAGGUUUAUGAGUCCGGAUGACUUAGAUAGGGAACUUUUUAAAAACGGUCUCGGAAUAUAUGAAAUGCCAGCAGAUGAGGUACAAGAAACUCAACAGGAAGAAGUUCAGAUACAACCAGACAUGGAAGAAAUAGUUCAGCAACAACAGCUAGAAGAGCCUGAAGGAAACGAACAAGUCCCUCCUUUGGAAACUAACCUCACAGAACUAGAUGAAGAUUUGGAACAGCCG